UUCCCACUGCUGGCAGAGAGGUCCGUUAUGUCGUUCAGAUCCCUCGCUAUAGUAGCAUUAGAUGCGCUGAAGAUGAGCAGACAUACUGUUCCUCGAGCCAUGAUCAGUUAGGAAACUCUGAACCCGGUGGACGAGCUGAGGGAAAUGGCGAGAGACUUCACCACAACGAGUCUGAGUAACAUCGACCUCGCCUCUUUACGGGAUCCUGCAGGGAUCUUCGAGCUCAUCGAGGUGGUCGGCAACGGGACCUAUGGACAGGUUUACAAGGGUCGACAUGUGAAGACAGGACAGCUGGCAGCCAUCAAGGUCAUGGAUGUGACGGAGGAGGAGGAGGAUGAAAUCAAGCUGGAGAUUAACAUGUUGAAGGCUCACUCCCAUCACAGGAACAUAGCCACGUAUUACGGUGCUUUCGUGAAGAAGAGUCCUGCGGGCCAGGAUGACCAGCUGUGGCUGGUGAUGGAGUACUGCGGCGCCGGCUCGGUCACAGACCUGCUGAAGAAGACCAAAGGGAACUGCCUGAAGGAGGACUGGAUCGCCUACAUCUGCAGAGAAGUGCUGAGAGGUCUGUUACACCUGCACUCUCAUCACGUGAUUCAUCGAGACAUUAAAGGACAAAACGUGCUGCUGACGGAGAACGCUGAGAUCAAACUGGUGGAUUUUGGCGUCAGUGCUCAGUUGGACAGGACGAUUGGCAGAAGAAACACCUUCAUCGGGACGCCGUAUUGGAUGGCGCCGGAGGUGAUUGCGUGCGACGACAACCCUGACUCCACGUAUGACUACAGAAGCGACGUGUGGUCUCUGGGAAUCACCGCUUUAGAGAUGGCAGAGGGAGCGCCACCCCUGUGUGACAUGCAUCCCAUGAGAGCGCUGUUCCUCAUUCCACGAAACCCUCCUCCCAAACUCAAGUCCAAGAAAUGGUCUAAGAAGUUUCAGACGUUUGUGGACAGCUGUCUGGUGAAGAACUACCUCCACCGGCCGUCCACAGAGACGCUCCUGCGCCACUCCUUCAUUAAAGACCUUCCCAAUGAGCGGCAGGUGCGCAUCACGCUCAAAGACCACCUGGACAGGACCAGGAAGAGGAGACGAGAGAAAGAGGGGAUGGAAUAUGAAUACAGUGGCAGUGAAGAUGAAGAAGAUGCCAUGAAUGAAGAUGAAGGUGAACCCAGCUCUAUAGUCAAUCUUCCCGGAGAGUCCAUGCUGAGACGGGAGUUCCUGCGUCUGCAGCAGGAGACAAACACACAAACACACCUGCUCCAGCAAACACACAACCAGGACAACUACAAGAGACAGCUGCUGGCCGACAGACACAAGAGGAUCCAGCAGCAGCAGGAGGAGCGCCGCCGCCUCGAAGACCAGCAGGAACGGCUGAUACACGAGACCGGACUCCAGUGGCCAGAGCUCCAGGAGAUGAUGUGGCAGGAAGAGACUGACCUUACCGAGAAAACCAGAAGAAAUCACAAGAAACAGCCCAGAGACGGUGAACAGCACAGGACUGAUCCUCAAUCAGCGGCUGUGAGUCUGUUUGCUGAGCAGCAGCGCACUCUUCCCAGAGAUCAGUCGCAGCACGACCCUGCGCUCCAGCAGAGGAGUCCUCGAGACGGGCUGGCAGGUAAACUGGAGUCGCUGGAGGCUCAUCUUGUGAAUCUGAACAGUAUGGCGGUGAGAAUUCCUCAUGUUCAGUCUCGUCUGGGAUCAGGGAGCAGCUCCAGUCCGUGUACUCCAGCGCUGCAGAGAGCGGCCAAACCACCGAAUGUGAGCGUGUGUCCCAGUCGAGAGCUUCAUCACAGCAGCUCCAUGACAGACGUCUCCUCCGCUCCUCUUGAUGAAGUCUUCUUCAGCUCUGAUGAGCAGCCGCCGAAGAUUCCAGACCGAACCGCGUCCAAGCUCAAAGAUGUGUGGAGUCAGCACAGAUGUGUAUCCAGUGGUGAUGGAGUGAGGAUGUCCUGCAGCUCCAGCAGCAGCUCUCGGUCAGGUUACUGUAUGCUGGACAGAAGCGCUCAAGCCUCGCCACACAACCAGGGUUUGGGAAUGAAGUCUCCCUUCAGCCCAUUAAUGAAGCUUGCUGAAUAUUCUUCCUCCAGUGAUGAAGAUGAAGAGAGGACUAGGUCUCCGUUGAGCAGUGGCAGGCCGCUGUUAUCCAGAGAACGGUCUGAUGAGAUCAUUCUUCAGCUUCAUCAAAGCGAUAAACAGCAGCAGCAGAGUGCAGCAGAGCCAGCACAUAACGUCCAUCCGAGGCCUGCAGGAUCUCCGUCCAGCUAUGGCUGCUUUCUGCCCGACCUGCUGCACAAGAGCCCCUCGCACCAGCAGAGUGUCCUCGAGAAAUUAUUCAGUAGCCAGGCAGGAAAAAGCACAUCAUCUUCCUCUUCCUCAUUCUCCCCUUUCAUUGACCCUCGUUUGCUGCAGAUCUCUCCACCUCAGAGUCCACAGGGAUACAUCCAGCUGAACAGCAGGGAUGAGCCGUGUGUCAGGCAGCCUCACAGGAAGGGCUCGGUGGUGAACGUCAACCCCACCAACAUCCGUCCUCAGAGCGACGCCCCAGAGAUACGCAAAUAUAAGAAGAAGUUCAACACUGAAAUCCUCUGUGCCAGUCUGUGGGGAGUGAAUCUGCUGGUGGGCACCGAGAGCGGCCUGUGGCUGCUGGAUCGCAGUGGUCAGGGUAAAGUUUACUCUCUCAUCAGCCGCAGACGCUUCCAGCAGAUGGACGUGCUGGAGGGGCUCAACAUGCUCAUCACUAUAUCAGGUACACACUCUACAUACUAUCUAUAUUUUAUCACAGGUUCCAAAAAUAAGGUCUUGCGUAAUGAUCCGGAGGUGGAGAAGAAACAGGGCUGGACCUCAGUGGGGGAACUGGAGGGAUGUGUGAGCUACAAAGUAGUUCGCUAUGAGAAAAUCAAGUUCCUGGUCAUCGCUCUGAGGAACGCAGUGGAGGUUUACGCCUGGGCUCCCAAACCGUAUCACAAGUUCAUGGCUUUUAAAUCGUUCAGCUCGCUGCCCCAGAAGCCCCUCUCAGUCGACCUGACGGUGGAGAACGGACAGAGGUUAAAGGUCAUCUACGGCUCUCACUCUGGGUUUCAUGCUAUCGAUGUGGAUUCAGGGACGCCCUUCGAUCUUUACCUGCCCAGUCAUAUCCAAGGUGUGAUUCGGCCGCAUGCCAUCAUCAUCCUCCCCAGCAGCAGUGGGAUGGAGCUGUUGGUGUGUUACGAGGAUGAGGGAGUCUAUAUUGACACCUGUGGCCGCAUCACCAAGGAGACGGUGCUGCAGUGGGGGGAGAUGCCCGCCUCUGUGGCUUACCUUCAGUCGAAUCAAGUGAUGGGAUGGGGAGAGAAAGCCAUCGAGCUGAGGUCCGCCACGACUGGCAGUCUAGAGGGAGUCUUCAUGCACAAGAAGGCUCAGAAACUCAAGUUCCUGUGUGAGAGAAACGAUAAAGUGUUUUUUGCGUCGGUGCAGUCGGGUGGAUGCAGUCAGAUCUACUUCAUGGCGUUAGGACAGAACUCUCUCUUCAGCUGGUGAUCAUCUUCAUUCACAGGCUGUUCCUGAUAGAAGCAUCCAAAUGACAGAGUACACACUCCAUAUCGCAUAACCAACCAUCUGUUCAUUCAAACUCUCAUUUUUUCUUUUCAAUUUACUGUAUUCACAUGUAAACAUCUUUAAUAGAAGUGAUAUAUAUAUAUAUAUAUAUAUACAUAUUGUAUGAUUUAAUACAUGUAAAAUAAUUGAUAUAUUGCAUUGUCUGACAGUGUCAGCUUUUGUCUUGAUCUGUGCUUGAAACAUAAACCUUGUUUUGUAUUUUAAUUGUAUCCUUGUCAAAUCUUGCAAAAAGGACUUAAUAUUUUGUCCCUAAUUAUUUUAUUGUAUAAUAACAACCAUGGCUGGUACACGGUGAAACCAAUACUAACAGCUAGCAGAGUAACUGUCAAAUAUCGUAACAUCUUUUGGGGGAAAUAUGCCGACAAUUCAGAAUAGAGAUUACUGAUAACUGAAAUCAUCCGAUAACUGCAGACAUUCAGCUUUCAUUUUCACAGGCUUAAAGUAAAAAAAAAAAAAUUAUAACAAAUGUCAGUUAUGUUUAUUGUUUUUGUUUAUUAUAGCUCUCACUGUACUAAAACACAAACAUAACUGGACACGUUAUCAUGAUAAAAGCGAUCUAAUAAAAGGUUUAGUUAUUGGUUGCAGGUCUUUUGCAUGCAGACUAAACGAUAAACGUGAACAUGUGUUGAGAAGAGAGUUGUGACACAGGUGACUGUUGGCUCUCGACUUUAAAUCAGGAAAAUGAAUGGAGCAAAGCAAAGCAGCAGGAAGUGGAGGAUGAUGGUAUGAAAGAGUUAAAGAAAGUCGAAAUGUUGGAAAUCAGAGAGAAGUGUGGAGUUUUUAAACUAGAGAACAGACAUUUUGUGAGCAUUAUCAUUUGCAGCAAAAGACUGUCCGUCACAAUGCUGUAAUCCAACAGACCAUCUCAGUACAUGGAGAAGAUGAGCGUUAAGAAGAGCUCCACACACAACAGUAUCAUCAGACAGCUAUUAUUGAAUUGUAUUGUGUAGUGGUUCAGGAGUGUCGUGUAAUUCUUUGCUCCAUUAGGAAACCAUUGGGAAUCUGAUGCUCAAAUCAGCUCUGUUGCUCAUCAGUUCAAUCACACUCUGCUCAUAGAAAGGCUUGUUUUUGUCCCUCUAUCAGGACGUGUCCGAGUGUAUUCUCAACCGUGCCUUAAUGUGCUCUGAAUGCUGUCUGGCUUGUGUGUGAGACAUGAUGAAUGUUUUAACAUUAAAAUGUCCUGCGAUAGUCGGUUUCUGUGCGCUUUGGGUCAAACUUUAAAAGUCAAUACUGCACUUUAACAACAGAAAAUUUAAUUAAAAGCUUUUUUCUUUGUAAUAGUGAUAUUUGACUGACAUUUCCUGUACUGUACAUAUUCUGAAUACUGCAUUUUAUAGACAGUUUAUUAUCAAGCAUAAUAGGAAGUUCCAUAUACUCAGCAGGUAUGUCAGGUUUAGACUGUAACAGCAUAUUGCAUAUACAGUGUAUGUUGUGUGCCACAUGAAGGAAUUGAGCCAAAUAAAUGCUUUAAGAAUA